AUGUCAAGGAAGAGUAACCACUUGCCGUCACAGUCGAUGUCGUCCUUCUUGGGUGGAGGAGGUGUUGAUGUCGCAAGUGGAGUCCCUUUCAAUCCUCGACCCUCUGUCAUUGGCCAGCUGCCCACAAACGCUGGAAAUGCAAUAGGCUGUGCACAAUCGAACUUGCCCCGAAUGGCAUCUAUGUUACGACCAUUUAUGCAGCCAUCAUCGCCCCCUUCUCUAAUUAUUCAUAGUGUGCCAACCACUAGAGGCCUUGUGAUGAACGGAGGUCUAUUUGGGAGCGCCUCUACUACAUCAGUAAAGCUAUUCAGGAGCCUCAUGAACAUGGGUCGUGGCCGAUGUAUCGGGCAGACCUUUCCUGAAAACUUGGUGAGGCUGAGCGAGAACAAGCUUAAUCAAGUGCAAUCACUGGUGGUGGCAUACGUCUUCAAAUACGAUGGUGACCAAGAGGAGGAGCUUGUUAGGUUUUGGGAUUGCAUUCUCAGGAGGAACCAUUUUGGGACUUUGCAUUUGGGUCAAAUUUCAGAUGAUGAUUUUUUCCAUGCAUUUGCAAUGAGAAUGACCCUUUCUAAUGAUGGCCUUGAUGGUAGACAUUUCUGGAGCUUGCCACCAUCUUUCGCGAGGGAUGUGCGUGAAGGUAAAUUGGUAACGGAACUGAUUAACAACUACAAAGAAAUUUUGAUGAAGCCAUCCAUGACCCUGCAUUAUGGCUACUUCCCGAUUAAAGAACAUUCAGGCCACUGGUAUCUUGCGAUGAUCAGAUUUAGAGAGGGAGUGAUAUAUCUUUUGGACUCAUGCACCGGUGAGGAAGAGAUAUAUCUUUUCGUCCGCAAUUUGGCAAAAUGGCUUUCCCCUAAAUUGUCUCGUUGGCUCGGCACAAUCUGA